AUAGAGAGAGAAAGAGAAAAAAAUAUAUUUAGAGCCAGAGUGUUGAAUAGUAGUAUUCAUGGUGCUUUAGAAAUAUUAUUCUUGCACUUCGUGCAUUCGAUGCACUCAAUAUAAUGUAUAUAAUUUAAAACAAAAUUUCUGAAUAUUCAAUUUGUUAAUUAUAUUACCAAUGAAUAUGGCAAUGCGUCAUACGCUUAGAAAAUUGAGAAAUAUUAGUUCAGUGAUGUAUUCAUCGGGUAUAUUAUUUACACAUUGUACUCUAUCAGAAAAGCUCAAUGAAAAAGAAAAGUUAAAAUUGGAGCCACCAGACAUUAAGAAAUUGACAUAUGAAUCUAUGAUACAAUGCUCUACAUUGGAUGUAGUCAAUAGUGCAACACAAGCAUUAACUGUUACCUGCAUGGCAAUAAUAAAUCUAAGCACUGAAUACAGGACAUUGUUGAACAAACUUAUUUCCCUUUUAACGGAUACUCUGAAUCAUGAUGUUAGUGAUGUACAUUGGGAUCUGAUUGUGGAAGUACGAACAGAAAUGGAGGAGAAAAAACAGAUACUUAUGAAAUUAACUGGUUAUAUGGAUUAUGUCCAUAAAAUGGCAGUAGCUACUUCAGAGAUUAGUUUUUUAUCUGGAAUGGACAGUCUAUCCAAUUUACUAUGCCAAAGGAUAAAUGAUGUAUUAGAUAAUGUGAAAAAAGAAGUUGAAAGCAAUCUUGAGCUGGAACAAGCAUAUCGGCAUAUACAAGAGCAAUGCAUCAAAAAUAAAAAAUAAAAGUGAUCUUUUUAAGCAUCCAGAUAUAUUGAAACAAUAUGUCGACCAGGUACCAUUACUAAACCUAAUACUCUGGCUUCAGUAUGUUCUGUGGAGAGAAAUUCAGUACAUGAGCCAAGAAUAACAUUGGCAUCACGAUCAGUACAUAGAAAUGCUCCUCUUAAAACCCUUCC